AAGUGAACAAACCAGACAGUUUCAAAAUUUACUUGCUUGAAAAAUUGUUUGACAUUGUGGUACGAUUCCGUAUAAGUGUUCAUUUUCGCUCGCUAGCCGGAAGUAUUUCUUGUUUUGACGAUCUUCUGAGGGGUAUUCGGAUUUACGGGCGAAUCCUUUAAAUGUGUGGGUGUGGCUACACAUUUCGUCUCGAUGUUUGAAGCGAGUGGUUUCUGCGUUUUUCGAAAGUAGAUUCUUACGGACGGGAAUCACGCGUACGUGUAUAUUUACUAUGUACCAGAAUUUCGUCACUUCUCGCAGAACCGUUUGAAUUUAUGAUUCAUGCCAUUGCUAAUCGUCCGAUCAUUUUAUGUGCUAACCAUAGGAAAACGCAUAAAUGCACUAAAAGCAAGUGCACCACUAGAAAAUGUUAUGUCAGCAUGGAUACAUGAUGUAGUGUAAUCACAAAUAAAAAGUUGCCUUUCUACCUGUCCGACAAGCAGUAAUUUGUGUAAGCAGUAAUUGCAGCUAAAGAACGUAAACGUAUUGCUGACAAAUUUUGCAGAAGUUUUCACUACGCAUUCGACGAGUGUUACAUUAAUAGGGAGUCGGGACACUCAACGGAAGGAAAUGGUAUAAAACUUUUCGCCGCCAUUUUAUUUCAUUCAGAUCGAGUCGGAAUUACUCGUCACCGCACUGGUUCGUUGAUACAGCCGAUUGAGGCUGUCAGUAUACCACUACCACUGUAGUUUCUGCCAAGGAUAGAAUUUUCGGUGUGAAAAUUUUUGCACUAUUUUUCGACAAAUUCAGGGUGUAGAAGUGAAUAGUUUUUGGGAAAACCGUGUUGUGAUGGUAGCUAAUGAUGUGUUGUUUGUCAAUUAGAUGAGGUUUCUAGUGAAAAAUUGGGAUCAGAUGAGGAAAAGUGAAAUAUAAUUUAUUAAAAUUCUCUUCGUGCUUGGGGAUGGACUUGCACUAGUUACUCACACAAAGUGAUAAAUAUUUGAAGCAGCAAAAGUAAAGGCACGAAUACAAUUGUCGACGGGCGCUGCGUUGAAAUCAAAUCGACUCGCGGCGCCUUUUGGGUACGUGUUCGUAGACAUCGAUUGUGUGUGUGCGUGUCGCGCAAGGGUCAAGUGAAGCGCCUAUGUUCUUCGCUAGUGGCUUGUGUGUUGUGCUGGGACCGUACUUUUCAACUGCAAUUUUUAUGUGGAUUAUCUUACUAGAAGCACAGUUGACGGAAACGCAGUGAAAUAAAAUUCCGCGUUAAAAUGCUUGCAAAUGCCGCCCGCCAUGUUUAGGACGACGAAAACUGAAAAUUGAUUUUUCAUUUCCGUAAUAGUAGUUGAUUAAUCAGUGCUAAAUCUAAGAAAUGAGCUAUAUGUGUAAUUUAAAAAAAAAGUAUCCAGUGCAAAUUUUUACAAGAAAUAAAUAAGUUGUCUAGUGGCAGCGCUAUGACUAGACGCAUUCUUCGGAAUCCCAAUAAAUUGUGAUGAUAUUCAGCUGACUGCACAAGCCCUCGUGAGACCUGUAUCGGCUUAGUCCAAUCACUAUGCAACAAGGAUCAGGACCAUCUACACCGAGCGCUCCACCUGUAACCGUGCCACCGAUGUCAUCGGAGAAAAUGGAUGAACCACCGCCACGUAUUGAACCGGUUGUUGAACCGGUGAAUGGCAUCGUUCAACCUCCCGUAAUGCCUCCCCAAGAGCGGCCGGGUCGGCUUACCAAUCAAUUACUUUUCCUAUUGAAGACAGUGAUGAAAGCUGUUUGGAAGCAUCAGUUCUCAUGGCCGUUUCAGCAGCCAGUGGACACGAAAAAACUGAACCUUCCUGACUAUCACAAAAUAAUCAAACAGCCGAUGGAUUUGGGUACGAUUAAAAAGCGUCUGGAGAAUAAUUACUACUGGACAAGUAAAGAGUGCAUACAAGACUUUAAUAUUAUGUUCUCAAACUGUUACGUGUACAACAAACCCGGUGAAGAUGUUGUUGUGAUGGCUCAGACGCUUGAGAAACUGUUUCUUACAAAAGUGUCGCUUAUGCCUAAGGAUGAAGUAGAAAUGGAGGUACCUGCGCCGAAAGGUGCCAAAAAGAAACCACCAAUGCGUCAGCUUGCUCCUCCGGGAACCCUAGUCGGAAAUACGUCAGCAGCAACGGCAACAGCCACAACUCCAGUUGCCACUACGCCUACUCCUGUAGCCGUACGAGCUCGUCCUAGUUCUGCACUUAGUAGUGCCGUUACUUCAAGCGUUCCAUCGAAUAAUGCGACGACAACGGCAGCGACUGUAAUACCAAGUGUUCCGCCCAUUGGCACACUACCUCCACAUACUGUGCCCGGUAGCACAAACACGACCACAACGGCAACAUCAACCGUUGUAAGUGCAGCGCACAAUUCCCUUGCUACGCCGGUUACGCCGGUAGUGGCUAAGCCGGUUCCGCCUACCACACCGUCGCCCUACAUUGUGAAUAGUUCACAGUCUGGAAUUGAAACGGUUUUACCUCCCCAACAGCCCGCAAAAGUCAAGAAAGGUGUUAAAAGAAAGGCCGACACAACGACACCGACUGCAACAGCUUACGAUCCACACUAUGGUACUAACAUGGACCCAAGCAAUCCGAAAAUCGCAACCCGAAGGGAAUCUGGAAGACAGGUAAAUAAGGAAAUUGCACCAUUCCAGUCAUCGUCAUACCCUAUUUCGCCAUACCAGGGCUCGGCAGCUGCUCAGAAUCCACCGAAAAACAAAGAAAAAUUAUCGGAUGCGCUCAAAUCGUGCAACGAGAUUCUGAAGGAAUUAUUUUCGAAGAAACAUUCGGGUUACGCUUGGCCUUUUUACAAACCGGUUGAUGCGGAACUGCUCGGUCUACAUGACUAUCAUGAUAUUAUCAAGAAACCGAUGGACCUGGGCACCGUGAAACGGAAAAUGGAUAAUAGGGAAUAUAAAUCUGCGAAUGAGUUCGCCGCUGACGUUAGGCUUAUAUUUACCAAUUGUUAUAAGUACAAUCCACCAGAUCACGACGUUGUUGCCAUGGGUCGAAAGUUGCAAGACGUCUUUGAAAUGCGCCUAGCGAAUAUACCGGAUGAACCGGUAAACAACGCUACGCCUAAUCAAAGCAAGGAAAGCGACUCCUCGUCUUCAAGUGACUCCAAUGCGAGCGAGGAUGAUUCUGACUCAGACGAGGAGUGCAAUCAAAAAUUGAAAAUGCUUGAGAAGCAGCUUUUUGAAAUGCAAGAACGUAUGCGAAAGCUUGCCGAGGAGGCAUCUUUGAAAAAGAAAGCCAAGAAAAAGCUGAAGGAAAAGAAGAAGCUUUCAACAACGGGAACUAGUGAUGUCAAACAGGGCAUGGAAGUGCACGCUAAUCCUCCUCAUGCUCCCGUGAAAGCAAUUCACCAAGUUACUGCUAUUGCACAACCACAGAUUACCAGUGCAGCUCCUGCAAUUCCACCAACGGCCACUACCAAAACCAAAACGAAAGGUCAGCGAGCACCAAAAACUGGAGCGACUCCGAACGCGCCCGCCAAGCGAGCCAAAGGAGCCGGUGCAGCAGGUGCUGGUGCCACUCGAGGUCCUAAUAAAAAGAAAGGAUCGCAACCGAUAGCGAACUUUGACUCAGAGGAGGAAGAUACCGCCAAGCCAAUGUCAUAUGACGAAAAAAGACAGUUAUCACUCGAUAUUAAUAAACUACCAGGCGACAAGCUCGGCCGAGUUGUACAUAUUAUUCAAAGUCGGGAGCCAUCGCUGCGUGAUUCUAAUCCAGAUGAAAUUGAAAUUGACUUCGAAACUCUCAAGCCAUCGACGUUACGAGAGCUUGAAAGCUAUGUGGCGUCCUGUUUGCGCAAGAAAACCCGUAAGCCCUACUAUAAGAAAGUUUCUGGUAAAUCCAAGGACGAACAGAUGGCGGAGAAGAAACAGGAGCUCGAGAAGCGAUUACAAGACGUUACCGGUCAAUUGGGAACGGCUAAGAAGAACGCGAAAAAGGCGGAUGAAGCAUCCAAACAGGACGUGGCGCCAUCGGGCGGUAACAUCUCUUCGAGCAGUAGUUCUAGCGAUUCCUCGUCGUCCAGCUCCAGUGAUUCCAGUUCGAGUGAUUCUAGCGACAGUGAAGCAGAAUCUGGUCGACCACCGAGAAAGAAGAAAAAAGAAUCUUCUUCGCCUAUGCAAAUACCGCCAUUCACGGUAACGACUACGCCUAUACCAGUUACAACAUCGACAAAUACAAAUACCUCGACAGUCACCGCGGCACAGAACAGUACAUCGACAGCGGUCUCAUCAGUCGUUCCUAGCGGCAGCAACUCCCUUUCUAAUACAGUGUCGACUUCAUCAACUUCCACUAUAACCCUUACAUCGUCUUCGAAUACUUCAGUGGCAGUAGUUCUUCCAUCAACUACGAUAGCACCAUCUGCGAUACCACCCGGUCCCAGCACACCAGUUUUAUCAUGUUCAAACCCUGGUAUGACUGCGUCAUCCCAAAGCACAAUACAAACUCCUGCUCCGUCGGCACUAGUUCAACCCAGCACAACCCUCACACUACCACCAACACCUCAACUUACGCAGCAGGGACUGUCUUCGGCAGUUCUCGGUAGUAAUAAUCAUGUGAAUAACAGCCUGAGUACCAGUAACAACAGCAACAACAGUAGUAAUAACAGUAACCAAGUUCCAUUGCCAACGCCGUCACCAAAUACGACAACAAUAUUACCUUCGAAUUUGUUGUCGACUAGCAGUAAUAGUAUGACUAACAUCAACACUGUUGCGCAGCAAUCUCAGCAACAGUCAAGCCAGCAACUACAAUCUCAUGUCCAACUUGGUCAAUCUGGUAGUAGUAUUCAUAGUCUUUCGUCCAAUAAUACUAACGGUAUUAGCAAUCCGCUCAAUGUACCGACUUCACAGUUUUCUGCAGGCCUAGCAGCGAUAAAUAGUCUGGCCAACAUGGCUGCUUCUGGAAUGCAACAGCAGAUACAUUUGCCUUCAUCGCACACACAAGGUCAACAGCAGAUGGCACAGAUGAACAAACAGCAACAGAAUCAAUCCGCUCACAUGCAAAUUCAGCUUCCACCAACGCGUUCUUCCUCCGGAAACACACAAGCGCACAGUAUGGCAAGUUUCAUCGAUCCUUUGGAACAUUCAUUAGCAUCUUUCGAAAAAAAUGAUGCAACCGCGUUAGGACUAAAUUUACUGAACGAUCUGCAAACGUCGCUCAAACAGGAACUGUCAACAGCAAGCAUGCAAGCCCAUCCGAAUCUACUGCCAUCAUUAGACUUAAUGACGCAUUUACAAAAUCAAAUGCAUCACUCAAACAAUGGCUUCAACAAUGACUUUAAUGGUAACGGACCACUUAAUGGAAUGGGGAAUCUCGCAUCAAGUGUUGGUAUGAGUCAAAUGGUGCUGAACUCAAUGGCCAAUACAAACCCUAUGCUAGGCACUGUACCCAUGCCUCUUCCGUUUGAUCCCCAGCUGAAUUUCAUUCGACAGUCUAGUUACCAAUCCAAUCCUGGACUCAACGAUCGAACGAUUGACUUGACCGGCGGUAAUAGUAUGCCAGCCACAAUUAAAAAGGAGGAAGGAAAGUUUAUGCUGACACCGAAGCCGAUCGAAGAUUUACUAAUGAACCCUGGGGAAAAGAAAUUGAGCAGUAAUACCCCACCUGAUGGAAAGGGUAAUUUCUCGCACGCAUUUAAGUCUUCGAUCAAUGAUCAAAGCCUGAAAAAUGCGUGGUCUUCGCUCGCUUCAGCAGGUUCCCCGCAGAGCACUCCUACUUCCAACAAACCAAAACCGGCGAUGGAUACCUUUCAGGCAUUUAGAAACAAAGCGAAAGAAAAACUCGACCGGCAGAAGCUACUCCAACAACAAGAACUGAAACGAAGCCAAAAGGAACAAGCGGAAAAGGAACUUAAACGGCAGCAGGAGCAACAGCAGAAGGUCCGGCAGGAUGAUAUGAAUAAUGGACGAAAACCAUCUGUUGAACCACUGCCAACUCGUGUUGUCGAAGAUAUCAAAGCGUCGCCUCAGGGUAGUCCUACACCGUCUGCACCAUCCACCCCUCACAACCUGGAUCGGUCGGCUGCAAAACGUGCCGAACUGAGAAAACUAGAACAAGAACGCCGAAGAAAAGAAGCGAUGGCUGGACAGAUUGACAUGAACAUGCAGAGCGAUUUGAUGGCUGCGUUUGAAGAGUCCCUAUAAGAAGUUACCUAUGUGAAGACUUCUUUUCAAUCUAACAGCAGAGUGACUGGCGUACGUGUUGUAUUUUGUGAAUUGGCAUCCUAUGAACGCAUCACCACCGACGCAGCACUUCGUUGUGACGAAACCAUUUUGGAGCACUGCUUCAGAUAAUGUCAAAUUUGUAAUUGGCAAAUCGGCUUCUUAACAGUUUAGUUCAUCGAAGAGCCAUUAUUGAGUGAGGUCGAUUAUGUAAGAAUAAAAUAAGUGACAUUAUGAUUUGUGAUAUGUAAUGUAAAUAUAUAAAAUGCAUAUAUAUACAUAUUUAAAACAGAAGGUAGAAAGAAUGAGAUGUUUAGCUUUUGAGAGAUUGAAAGGCCUUGGUUUAUACUUAUGCAUACACUUAUGCAACUGCUGUAGUAAACAGAUAAAAAAUGAUUGUGUUUUCAAAACCAGCAAAAAAAAAGAUGACACUCAGCGGUAGGGAUAACAGUAGAAGUAAAGUCUUGAUAAAUAUAUGUUACUCUAAUAUUCGAGUGUUAGUAAUAAGAAGUUCACUCUACAACCAAAAAUUGAGGAAGGACAGCAAGACGUCAUGUUGAAAAUGUAAUCAGUUAUGAUUUACUCCGGGUAUAAUAGUCAAAUGUUAUGUUCUGAGUUAUCACUAAUAAGAACUAUUCAAAUGACCAGCGCCUUUUUUUAAUUUAAUUAUUUUUCCUUUUGUAAUUCGCGUGACAGUCCAGAAUUGAUAAGAUCAAGAUAGUAUAAUUUACAUGCUGUAACUACGUAGGAUAAAUAUAUAAAACUAAACUCUUUUAUUUUUUAACAAGCAGUCUUAUUAGUACUACUUAUUCCUGUUUGUCAAACAGAACAGUGAAUGUGGAAAUAUUAGGUAGCAAUUAUGAAAAUAUACGAGAAUAAUCACAACUGUAAAAAUCACCUAAAUUGUUGUGCUGCCAGAGCGAGUGGAGCAUAUUCAGUCGUCAAACCUCGUCUGCACCAUCGUCGUCGUAUGGUUGUUUUUUUUUUGGAAAUUUACUAUCGAUCAUCAUAAUUUCUCAUCUCAUUAUAAUACUAUCAACCAUGCACAAUGGCAUGAGUUGUGUGAAAGAAAAUCCCUUGUGAGGUUAGAAGCAAGUUGCAUCAGGUAAAGGUUUGGGUUUAAAAUCAUGCAUAUACAUGUUCAUUAUUGUAAAUAGAUUCGUCAUUAACCACAUUAAUAAACAAACCAGUCAAUGUGUUGUAGAUUACGCAACAUUUUAGUUCAUUAGCAUUAGUUCUACAGAAAUUACUGUUAGUAACUUGGUCGGAGGCAAGCUGUUGUAAAUGAUGUUAAUAUAACAACGCGUCAACAGAAUCACCGCAAUGUAUAGAACAGCAUUCACACUCACAGAACGUAGUUCAUAUUACAUUUAGCAAAAUAUAUUAAUGGAAUACUAUAUGGUUUAAGCAAAACAGUUUAGAAACACAGAAACAAAACCUAAGCAAACUAAGCUAAUACUUUUUCAAAGGGUUUGUUAGAUACAAUAAAAUUGUGAGUGCACAUUAGAGUCUAGCUCACAUGAAUCCGGGACUGAGAUGAGAGAAGCAGUGAUGUAGGUACCAACCAUUAUGUUGUUUGAUUUUUCAUUCAAUGCAAUGGUCCAAUUUUCUAACAGUUUUUUUAUAAGAGUAUUAUUAGAAUACUAGAGAUAGUAGAAAAUAACAGAAAGCAUCAUAUAAUCCCGUUGAAUUACUCUGCGCGCGAUGCGCAAACAGCGAUGAGAGUUAACGAUUUUCGUUUCGGAUUCUUUAACUUCAACGUGCAAAACACUCUGUGUGAGAACUGUACUGCGGUGACGAAAGAGAAAAAUAUGUAUUUGCGAAGAGCAAUAGAUGUAGUAGAGGUCAUAAAUCUACGGCAUGAUAAAACUGAAAAUAACAAAAAACUAAAAUAUUACAAUUUUUAUUGACCUAAAAUACAAUCAAAUACGAAUGUAAGAAAGUAAAAAAAUACUGAAAGUUAAGAUAA